CUUUAUAGAUUAUCUGUUAGCUUACCAUAAUAAAUUCCUAUAAAAAUGAAAUACGUUGUCGUCUCUGGUGGUAUGUAACUAUUACAUGUUAUAGUGAUGGGUGGCGUUUCGAUGACCUGGUUGUUUUGCAUUGGUUCGGUAUUGUUUGCUUAUGCUGAUUGACUUUCCAUGACCUGGAUACGGUUGGCUUGACCUUUGGGCUCUGAUAUGGCCUUUAUUACUGGCUUCCGAUGUGCUUCGUAUCAUUUCUUCUGGCAUCACAUUGAUCUCGCUGCUUCCCUGCUAUUGCCGUUUCGCUCGCCUCAAAUACUAAUCUUUAGGUGUUAUCUCCGGUAUUGGUAAGGGUGUGUUGGCCUCCUCUACCGGUUUAUUACUCAAAACUUUGGGUUACCGUGUCACCUCGAUCAAGAUCGAUCCAUAUAUGAACAUCGAUGCCGGUACCAUGUCGCCAUUGGAGCAUGGUGAAGUCUUUGUCUUGAACGACGGUGGUGAGACUGAUUUGGAUUUGGGUAACUAUGAACGUUACCUCAACGUUGCCUUGACUAAGGACCACAAUAUCACCACUGGUAAGAUGUACGCUCAUGUCAUCGAGAAGGAAAGAAAGGGCGACUACUUGGGUAAGACCGUCCAGGUUGUGCCGCACUUGACCAAUGCCAUUCAGGACUGGAUUGAGAGAGUCGCUAGAGUCCCAGUUGACGAAACCGGUUUGGAGCCAGAGAUCUGUAUCGUCGAGCUCGGUGGUACUGUUGGUGACAUCGAGUCUGCUCCGUUUGUCGAGGCCUUGAGACAGUUUCAGUUCAGAGUUGGAACCGAGAACUUUGCCUUGAUCCACGUUUCCUUGGUGCCAGUCAUCCACGGCGAGCAGAAGACCAAACCUACCCAGGCCGCCAUUAAGGACCUCAGAUCCUUGGGGUUGACCCCAGACAUGAUUGCCUGUAGAUGUUCCGAACUCUUGGAUGCUUCUGCCGUCGAGAAGAUCGGAAUGUUCUGCCACGUUGGUCCUGAGCAGGUUUUGGCUGUCCAUGACGUCAACUCCACCUACCACGUGCCAUUAUUGUUAAAUGAACACAAGAUGAUGGACUACAUGACCAAGAGAUUAAGAUUGUCUGACAUCAAGUUGGAGGCUGCUGCUGUCGCCAAGGGUGAGAAGUUGUUGCAGAGAUGGACCGAGGUCACCACCAACCACGACCAGUCGUACGAAAAGGUCACCAUUGCCUUGGUCGGUAAGUACACCGAUUUGAAGGACUCCUACUUGUCUGUCAUCAAGGCGCUUGAGCACUGUGCGAUGAGAGUCAAGAGAAGAUUGGAGAUUGUCUGGGUCGAGUCUACCGACUUGGAGGGCGAAGAAACUCCAAAGUUCUCCAAGGCCUGGCACAACGUGUGCACUGCCGACGGUAUUUUGGUACCAGGUGGGUUCGGCUCCAGAGGUAUCGAGGGGAUGAUCGCCGCUGCCAAGUGGGCCAGAGAGCAUAAAGUUCCAUACUUGGGUGUCUGUUUAGGGUUGCAGAUCGCUGUUAUCGAGUUUGUCAGAAACGUCGUGGGUAUCAAGGACACCAGUUCCAUGGAGUUUGAUCCAGAGAUCAGCGAAGACAUUGCCUCUGUUGUGUACAUGCCAGAAAUCGACCAGAAGGUGUUGGGUGGUACCAUGAGAUUGGGGAUGAGACCAACUCUCUUCCAGAAGGACACCGAGUGGUCCAAAUUGAGACAGCUCUACGGUGGCGCCGAGGAAAUCAUGGAGAGACACAGACAUAGAUAUGAGGUCAACCCAAAGUUGAUUGCUCAGAUCGAGGAAAAGGGUAUGUUCUUUGUCGGUAAGGACGACAACAACGAGAGAAUGGAGAUUUUGGAAAUCAGAGACCACCCAUACUACGUCGCCGCUCAGUACCACCCAGAGUACAUCUCUAAGGUCUUGGAUCCAUCCAAGCCGUUCUUGGGGUUGGUUGCCGCCGCCGCCGGUGUCUUGGAUGACGCUUUAACCAACCAUUCUUUGUUAACCAAGGGUGAAUUCUAAGUUUUGUAUCUUUCGUAUCAUUUUUGCAUAAUAUAAUAUCUAGACAGAAAUUGAAGGCAGCGCUAGCAGUCUGAACCAACCCGACGACUGGUUGUACUUUAGUUCGUUGAUCGAGGAAUUUGAAGAGGGUAGACAUGUCUGGCAGGGACCAAGAGUGAAUGAAGGGAGACGUAGAUGCUUGAAAAGAUGGAGGGGGAUGCAAAUGGUUGAAAGGAUGUAAAGGGGGUAUGGUUAAAAGAAUAAUAAUUAAAAGAAUAAUAAUUAAAAGAAUAAUAAUUAAAUGAAUAUAUGGUAUUCAGCAGAUGGGUGAUUAUGAUGU